AUGAUUCCUGUGGAUAAACAAUAUCAUCAUUAUAAAAAACAUCCAUGUGAUUAUAUUGUACAAACUAAUUACAUAACAAAUAAAACCAAUGAUUCAAUUAAUAAAUCAAUGAAUAAUUCAAUACAAGAUAAUGCAAUUAAUUCAACUGGUAAAUCUAAAUUAUUCUCAAUGAUCAAUUUGUCAAAUUCUAAGAUGUUAAAAUCAUGUAAAACUGAAAAAUUUCGUAUAAAUUUAAUCUUACGAUUACGUAGUCUAUGGUCACGUUCAUCACUGAAAUCUCAACGAAUUGAAUCGAAACAUAUUCAUAUGUCUUUUAUAAAUUAUGGUCAUAAUCAUCAUCAUCAUCAUCAUUAUAAUCCUCGUCAUCAUUAUUAUCAUCAUCGUCAUCAUCAGAAGCAAAAGCAGUAUCAUCAUGAAAAUCAACAAAAUUGUCCAUGUCAAUCUCAAUCUACUUAUGAUCCAUUGAAUAAUCCAUUAAAAUUAGAAAGAUUAGAUACAGGACAAAUGAUUGACUAUUCAAAGCAACCUAAUGAUAAUAUACAAAUAUUAUUAUCUCGAAAAUAUCAUUCUGAGAGUUGUUUAUUUCAUCCUUAUAAUAUGCAUAAUUAUAUACAUAAAUGUUCACAUAUUCAUUAUCAUUAUGAUUAUAAUCCAUGUUCAAAAUCAAUUCCUAAUCAAAUAAGGAAUGAUAUCAAUAAAUUUUCAUGUCAAUUAUCUAACAUAAAAUUACAAUCAUCAUAUAUUAAACAUUCUUUAACAACCGGUAAUAUAUGUUGUUUAUAUACAUUGAAUUGUGUACCAUCACUUGAAUGUAUAACUCAACCAAUAUCAUCAACAACAUCAGAGUUAAUGUCAUUGUCAUCAGCAUCAUCAUCAUCAUCAACAUCAGCGUCAACAUCAGCAUCAGCAUCAACAUCAGCAUCAUCAUCAUUAUCAUAUCGACAACAACAAUUCAAUCAAACAGAUUAUAAAUGUUCCAAUUUACCAAGUACAUCAAUUAUGUUAAAUACAAGAAAUAAAUGGAAAUUAAUAUCACCAUUUGAAAAACUUAAAUAUCAUCCAUUCUAUAAAGAUACACAUUGUCAUUUAGGUAAAUGGAUACAACAAACCUUAACAAGUAAUGAGAUAGAUAAUAAAGAUCAAGAUAAUAAUAAUGAUAAUAACAAUAUGAAUUAUGAUAAUGAAUUGGACAAUGAAACCAUGAAUAAGAAUCAUUCUAAUAAUAAUAAUAAUAAUAAUAAUAAUAAUAAUAAUAAUAAUCAGUUUAUAGAUAUUACAAAUUAUUUAAAUUAUAAUAGAUUAUCGGAUGCUUUCAAACAUGUACAUUUUGCUGAUGAAUCUACUUAUUCAUCUUUGACAACAUUAAAUUCAUUAUCAAGAUCAUCAUCAUUAGGUUCAUGCAAUUAUACUAAUGAUUCAUCAUCACCUAAAACAUCUUAUACAUCAAAUCAAUCUCCUAUAGAUAGUAUAAUAAUGAAUGAUAAAUAUACAGUAAAAAAUUCAUUGAAACGUACUAUAUCUAGUCCUAAAAUGAAUUCAAAUAAAAAUAAAACACCAUUAGUAACAGUGAAUUUAUUUCAUGAUGAUGGAGAAUUAUCAGAAUUACCUCUACGUGUAGUCGAUCGAUUGGAAACAGAAAAAAAAUGGGAACCAACAUUUCCAAAUCCUAUCCAAUGUGCUAAUUUUAAUCAACGUCUUCUAGAACAAAAAGUAUGUCUAUCACAAUUUUAUUCACAAAAUUUGUAUUCAUUUAAUGUACAAGUAAAAACAGUAAAUGAUACACAAUCAAAUUAUUCAGAUAUAACAAAAGAAGUAAAAUUACGUUAUACAUUAGAUAAUUGGAGAACUUACACAGAAUCUCCAUCAUUAAUACGUAUUGAUCAAUCAAGUCACUUAGUAACUAACACUAAUACAUAUCAAUGGAUAGAAACAAAUGAAUCUGAAAUUAUUUUAUCAAUAAUUCCAUUAGAAACUAAAUUUUAUCAAUUAGAAUUUGCUGUAGUAUAUAGAGGUAAUAAUUUUGAAUAUUGGGAUAAUAAUAAUUCACAAAAUUAUGUAUGUUUUUCAAGUUCUUCAUAUUGUUGAUUAUUAUUAUCAUUAUUAUUAUUGUAAUUAUCAUAUUGUAAUGAUACAUAUUUGUUUCCUUUGCCUUACUCACUCACUCCCUCCCCCCCCUCUCUCUCUGUCCUUCCCACUCUCCCUCUUUCCCCUUAUUCCCCCCCCCCCCUCGGUGUUUUAAAUUUAUAUGUAAUUCAGAUUUGUAGUCAAUUACUGAAUGAAAAAAUAAUAAACGAUCAAUGUAUUUUAGUUCAAUCAUAUAAUUUAUAUUUCUAAUAUAAUUGAUCUUUAAUAAUAUACAUAUACAUUUGAAUCAGCGAGUGGAAUUCAUUAACUCAACACAUGAUUGAAGCUAGAUCCAUGGACACUCUUUCAAAAGAAAGUUGGAUCAACUGAAAGACUAUCAUGAUCAGGUCAUCAAAACCUUCUGUCUUUUCCAAACUGAAAUUGAAACUAAUCUUGAUAACCAGUAAUUUUUGUUAAAUGUUAAACAGUUGAGCACAAUGAUCUACUAUUAAUAAACUAUUCAGUUAAAAGAAAACACUAACCCUUUAGAUAUUCAUCAUUUGAAUAAAAAGAGUUUAUUUUAUUAUUUUGUAUAAAAAGGACCAACUACUGAAAUAUAAAUCUAUUUUUUAUUGUA